AUGUCGUUCAGAGUGGGAUUCGUUGCCUUAACGCUUCUUGCCGGAAGCUUGGCGUAUCCCACGGCUGAAGAUGACAUGUCCAUCUACUUCGACCACACGAACCAGAACGCAAGGAUCAUCGGAGGUCAAGAAGCCGGUACCGUGCCCUGGAUGGCGGCUCUGAGCAACGGCUUCCUGGUGAGGAACUUCGUGUGUGGAUCUUCAAUCCUCACGAAUAGACAUCUCCUUUCGGCCGCCCAUUGCAUCCAGAGUCUUUAUGAUAGAAGCGGUUUAAGCAGAAACCUCCGCGCCACAGUGGGAACAAAUCGGUGGAUGUACGGCGGCGUCCAUCAUGACAUAGCCAGGAACAUCACCCACCCGAACUAUGUGCACAUGGCCAUCAAGAACGACCUCACCAUACUGAUAACUUCUAGCAACAUUCGUUUCACCAGCUCCGUAGCACCGGCCACCCUGAACUUUAAUGAAGUUGGUGGUGACGUCCAGGUCACUGUCCACGGAUGGGGUCACACGAGAGUCAACGGUGCCAUAUCCGGCCGUCUGAUGGAGCUGCAGACGAGGACCAUCGAUGGGCCGACGUGUGUGCGAGAGGUGCCGCGCAUCGCACAGCAAUUCAACAUGUGGGUUCCAAAAGUUGAGCCACACUUGGAGAUCUGCGCUUUGCAUUCAGUGAACCAUGGGACUUGCAAUGGCGACUCCGGCAGCGCCCUCAUAAGAAGCGACAACCGACAGCAGAUCGGUGUUGUAUCGUGGGGAGUGCCCUGCGCACGCGGCGCCCCUGACAUGUUCUUCCUUUUUGAUUUUUAUUCAAAUUUGAAAGCGGCUAAUAAUGCGCUGUUCAAGCGUUUACAUAUUGACUACUGCGAUAUUGGGAAGUGUGGCCGAGUAGUAGGGGGCGAGGACGCAGCGGAAGGGAGCGUGCCGUACAUGGCGGCGCUAGUCCACGGUUUAAUGGUGGCUGCCUUCCAAUGUGGUGGCUCCUUGAUCACAACUAGACACGUCCUCUCUGCUGCUCAUUGUUUCGAUAGGCUCUACUCGAACGGCGAACUAACACCAACUCUUCGUGUGGUGGUUGGUACGAACCGUUGGAAUUUCGGAGGCCAGGCGUACUCCAUAGCUCGGAAUAUAACACACCCAAAGCACAUUUACAUUCGCGAUCCACUCAUAGUGGAAUACGAUAUUGGUCUCCUGGUUACCAGGAACGAGGUUAUUCUAUCUGACCGGGUUCAGCUUGUGCCAGUCAGUCUUGACCGUGUCGGUGCUGGUGUGACGGGGAGGGUAGCUGGUUGGGGACGAAUAUACCAUCAAGGACCGUUAUCACCAAACCUUCAAGAGCUCUUUGUGACUACGCUAGAAGACGAUCGAUGCGACAGAGAGCUUCGUCAGGCAUCCGUUGACUCCGGCAUGGUAUUGCCAGAAUACGACCCAGAGACAGAGUUCUGUGUCUUCCACUCGAAGUACCAUGGCGUUUGCAAUGGAGACUCGGGCAGUGCCCUCGUAAGACCGGACACAGGGGAACAGUUCGGUAUCGUAUCGUGGGGUCUUCCAUGCGCACGCGGCGCCCCCGACGUCUUUGUGAGAAUCAGUGGCUUCAAGGACUGGCUGAAGGAGAACUUAGUUUUGUAA